AUGGUGGAGGUCAUAAGGGUACCCAGUGAUCAGCCUACUAGCUUUUUUGAAGCUUUGAAGAAAAAGUAUGCCUCUGCCAGUGCAGAAGAAAUCACGGCAACGGCAAAUGAAAUCCACAUCAGUGGCAAAACCGUGGAGGAGGUCGGCUUCGAAAAGAUCCGACGGCAGCUUGCAAAGGUGCAAGAACUUCGUAUUGUGGUGUUGGACGGUGCAUGUAUUGCUGCCGUUGACAGCGAUCUCGAGAAACAGAAUUUGAAGAUCAUCGAGCUUGACCUGAGCAGGAAUCUGCUCGAAAGUUGGUACGAAGUCACUGCUAUCUGCAGUUCUCUCCAUUGUUUGCAAAGCCUUAGACUCGAGUACGUCCCCACGACAUAUCUAUAUAUCUCUAGCAUCUCUGCUCACCUCGAGUCCUACAGUGGUAAUACAUUGAGCCGGCCCCAGGACCCAUUCAAUAGUGACGAAUCACAUGGGUCCUAUGGACAACUCAAAGAGCUGAGCCUUAACAACCUUGGCUUCUUGCCAGAAACAGCGACUGGAGAAAUUGGCAACCUCUCAUGGGAAUUUAUCAAAAAGUUCACGGCCGUAUUCCCCUCGCUGACGACCCUUUCUCUCGCCUCCAAUAACCUCACCGACAUCACGUUGCCCCUUACGACCCCACUUCUCACGAAAUUAGACCUUUCUUCCAACGCGUUCACCACCCUCGAGCACAUCCGCCCACUAACAGCACUUCCCAAUCUCCAAACCCUCUCCCUCCGAGCAAAUCCCCUCACAUCGCUCUCUUCACCACCAGAUAUGGGCAUCCUCUUCCCAAAGCUCAAGCAUCUGGAUCUAAUAUCGACAGUUCUUCCCACUCUUUCCUCUCUCAAUCCAAUCCCCGUGUCAUUCCCAGGACUUACAUCACUCCUUACAAACCACACACCACUGAUCACCUAUCCUUCCGCGUCACUCCAUACAAUCGCCCGCCUUGCGACACUUACCGAGCUCAAUUACUCACAGAUCACCCCCCCGGAAAGACAGAAUGCGGAGCUCUACUACCUCAGCCAAGUAUCGAAGCAGCUCGCUGCCGUCACUGACAAUGUCAAGGAGCGCGAGGUACUGGAGGAGCACCCACGAUGGAAGGAGCUGUGCGAUAUCCACGGCGAGCCGACCAUCAUCAGAACGAACGAUGCCGACGCGGCCGACGCAGGAACACUGGCAGCACGAGUGACGGAAUUCGUAUUCCAAAUCAGCAAACAAGACCUGCAAAGAGCGCGAAAGCACGCUCAGAGCAUAGACGGCCAUUCAGGCGAGAAUACCGCGAAGAAUGACCCCGGCCACGAUGCUCCCAUCGUCGAAAAGACGAAACUCAUCCCCCGCACCGUAGACGUCUACCGCCUCAAAGGCAUCGUAGGCCAACUCUUCAGCAUCAGACCCAUGUCGGUGAAGCUGAUUUGGGAGACGGAGGAGUGGGAUCCUGUGGGUGAGGGGGACGGGGGGUGGAGUGUCAGUGAGGACGAGUCCGACGAGGAAAGCCGGUUGGAAAGGAAGGACAAGAGGAGAGAGAAGGAAAUGUGGAAGAGGAGGGAGAUGGAGCUGGUGGAUGGGACGAGGGAGGUGGGGUUCUUUGUCGAGGGGAAGCGUGCUAGGGUGAGGGUUGAGUCGCGCUGA